UACUAUCGUGUAUAUAUAGUAUGAACUAGAAUAUAUAGAUGUACAAGAAAUUUUAUAUUUUUGUCGACAAGUAUGAUAAAGUUAAUAAAAGGAACCAAGCGCUCGUAGUUUGGUGGUAAAGGAGGUACAGCUGUACUGCCCGCCACCCGGGUUCGAGUCUUGGCCACAAUGGAUUUAACAUCCCUUCCGUUGGGGCGCUGGACCCCUUUCGGGGGAUAGUUGUGAAUGUGGCUGCCCAGAUACCAGAGUUAUCAAAAAAAAAAAGAAAAAAAAGGUAAUAAAAGGAGAAGAAGGAAAUAAAAAACGUGGCCGGCCAUUGCUGUAUAUGCAUCCAUUUUCUUGAUAAUAGUUGACCUGUUUUGUUCUCUUUAAAUUUUAUCAUAUGAACCAAUAAAACAAAGCCAAAACCACACAAAGAUAGGAAAAUACUAUAAAUGCAUAUACAAUCAAUUCCUUCCCCUGGGAAAGUUGCGAUAUUUUCAGAAUAGUUGUAGCCACUUCUAAGUUUCAGAAGAAAGAGAGAAGCGUCUGUCGAUCUUAGAAGAAGCUAUAUUAUCUUCAGACAGCAACCAGGCAACCACUAUGAAUGAUCUACAAAGCCAAAGCGACAAAAUGUUUAUGGACAAGAAAGUAUCAGCAUGCGACUUACAAGAGAUCGUAGUUUGCAACUGCAAGGAGCCUACUCAAAUCGUGGUCAAAGAUAUAUGUGUGGAUGAGGGUGUGCCUAUGGUGCAGGAGAAGUUCUUAUUCAACAAGGAAGAAAAUGUCAAAGUAGAAGACAACAAGCCUGAAGAAUGUGCUGACACUAAAGAUGUCAUGGAGUUGGUUGUGACUGGAGAUGAAGUUGGUUGCGAGAAACCGCCACCUGAAGAUGCAUUAGCUGAAUCAGAAAGUGUCUCUAACAAGGCUUUAACCUUGAGAGAUAUUAUAUCAAUGGAGGAUUCUAAUAAACCUCUUAACAAUGUCAACACUUAUGAGCCUGAAGGAGACCUAGGCCGUGACAUAGAACAGAGGAAAACAGUGGAGAAAAAAUCAGUUAGCUGGAGAUAUCUUCCCUCUGAAACGGUGGAACCAGAGAAUCAACGACUAAACAAUGUACACGUCGAGGACUCUUAUGAUCAUCACCAUCUCUUCUCAAGUUAUGAGUUCGGUGCAAGAAGUUUCUCUGAAGCAGCAGAGUCAGGUUUAGCUCAUAUAACUUACUCUGGACCCAUCUCAAUCUCCGAAAGCCUCUCAGCUCGAUCUGAUGGAAGCACUGUCAGCGCAAAUUCCUUCGCUUUCCCAGUAUUGCAAGGUGAAUGGAACAGCAGUCCUGCAAGAAUGGUGAGAGCUAAGAAGAGACAGGAGAAAGGAUGGAGACAUUACUCUCUUAUCUGUUGUAGAUUCUGCAGAUCGAGGGUGCCUUAAUUUCCGUAAAUAUUGUUCUUGUUUCUGAGAGAUUUUUCCCCAAGUUUCAUGUGUUGCUUCAAACACAAGGCACAAACCCUACGUGCGGCAAACUCUUGAUUGUUAUUUCCUUCGGUUAUAUGGGCUUUUUUAAUACCAAGGCCCAUUUGUUUGCAACUUGCUAAGGAAACUGUAUACAAUCUUGUCGUAUUCGUUAGUAAAGUCGGUACAAGUUGCCAAUGUCCAUCAA